AAAGUCAGAAAGCUGAUUGCCACCUUUCCAUAAUAUUCUAAUGAACUUCGUCCAAGUCAUUUUCUUCCUCUCCUCAGAUCUUAAUUAUUUAAACUCCAAAACUUAUCUCUUAAUAAAACAAAUCAACGAGCAGCUACCGAAGCCUUGUUUCGAUCUCUCCAGACUCCUAAGAUGUCGCGUACAGCAAUGGCGGAUAUAGGAUCAUCUCCGUUACCGUUACUUUUUCGGCGACGAUCGAGCGGUGAAAUAAGGAAUUUGGCCACCGUUUCGAGUAGUAUCUUGCCGGCGUUCGGAACUGUCGUCGAUGACGGUUACUCGCACCUCAAAAAAUAUGUUAUUGUUCCUUAUGAUCAGAGAUACCGAUGGUGGCAAACGUUUUUGGUAGUGUUGGUAUUAUACUCGGCAUGGGCAUCGGUGUUCGAGUUAGCUUUCAACAAAACUGCAAGAGGACCGCUACUGAUUGUGGAUUUGGUGGUGGAUGUGUUCUUUGCCAUCGAUAUCGUCCUCACCUUCUUCGUCGCUUACUUGGAUAAAUCAACCUAUCUCCUCGUUGAUGAUCACAAAAAAAUUGCUUUGCGAUAUGUGACAAGAGUGUGGUUCUUUAUGGAUUUAACAUCAACUCUACCAUAUCAGUUUAUAUUUAGAAUCUUUACCGGUGCUUGGCACGAUGGUGAAGUUUUUAGCUUCCUCAACUUGCUUCGUCUAUGGCGUCUUUGGCGUGUUAGUGAAUUCUUCAAAAGGUUAGAAAAGGACACAAGGUUUAGCUACUUUUGGACAAGACUUCUUAAACUACUCGGUGUCAUAGUAUUUGCGGUGCACUCAGCUGGUUGCUUCUAUUACUGGCUAGCUAGACACCACAAAACACCAGCUAAUACAUGGAUUGGAACUGCAAUUGAAGAUUUUAAGCAUAGAAGUGUGUGGUUAUGCUACACUUAUUCCAUUUACUGGUCAAUUGUCACUCUCACCACAGUCGGUUAUGGAGAUUUGCAUGCAGUGAACACAGGAGAAAAGAUAUUUAACAUGAUUUAUAUGCUAUUCAACAUUGGUCUUACAGCCUACACAAUCGGUAACAUGACUAACCUGGUCGUUCAUGCUGCUGUCAGAACCUUUGCCAUGAGAGAUGCUCUGAAUGAGUUAUUGCGUUAUGCAAGCAAAAAUAGACUCCCAGAAGGGUUGAGAGAACAAAUGAUGGCACACAUGCAGCUCAAGUUCAAGACAGCAGAGUUACAACAAGAAGAAGUGCUACAGGACCUGCCUAAGGCUAUAAGAUCCAGCAUUGCCCAACACCUUUUCCGUAGAACUGUCGAGAAAAGCUACCUAUUCAAUGGAGUCUCUGAAGACCUUGUUUCUCAACUGGUGUCUGACAUGAAAGCAGAAUACUUUCCCCCAAAGGUUGAAAUUAUAUUACAAAAUGAAAUACCUACAGAUUUCUACAUUCUAGUCUCAGGAGCAGUGGAUUUGCUGACAUACAAGAACGGAACGGAACAGUUUUUGUCAAAACUAGGAGCUGCAGAUAUGGCAGGAGAAAUUGGGGUAAUUUUCAAUAUUCCCCAACCUUUUACAGUGAGAACGAAGAGGCUCUCCCAGGUUGUUCGGAUAAGUCAUCACCAUUUCAAACAAAUGAUUCAACCACAGAGUGAAGAUGGAAAGAUUAUUAUUGCUAACUUCAUGAAGUACUUGCAAGGUUUAAAAGAAGAUGUCCUACAGGAGAUUCCUUUCCUAACAGAAUUGCUGGCAGACCAGACUCAAAAGCCUACGGAACAAAAUGAGGAGCAACAAAACAGAGAAACAUUGGAUUCCCAAGAUGCAAGUCCAGAAGGAAGAACAGGCACUUCCAGUCUUCCUGGUGAAAGCACAAUCCGGGUGAUAAUUCAUGGGCAUCAUCCAAGCCAAGGAACGUCUAGUGACAGAUUGGGAAAGCUCGUGUAUUUGCCUGACUCACUUCAAGACCUCUUCAAUCUAGCAGAGAAGAAAUUUGGAAAGAGAGGGAGCACUAUUCUUAUGGCUGAUGGCUCAAAAGUUGAAGAACUGAAUGUUCUGAGAGAGAAUGAUCACUUAUUCGUUGUUUAAAGAUUAAAGUAACUUUUGGUUUGGUAUCCAUACAUUGAUCUGUUUAAGUGAUGAUGCUAAAUGUGUAAUAAGUUAUGCGUCAAUGUUAAUGGUAGUAUAGGGGUGUAUUUAUUUCCCAAUAUUAAUCCAUCUUCAGUUAUUAGGUUAUCCAUGAAAAUAACGGGAAGGUGGUCAUGGAAACUAUAUAGAGCUUAAAAUUUUCAGUAUCCGUGUCAUUAAGCAUGUCCAAAACAGUCUAUGCAGCUUACUGAAACUGUUCCUUCUCUUCCUCCAA